AUGGGUCCAAAGAAAUGGUUUAAGAUAAUAAUCAAACUGAAGAAACGGAAGGAAGAUAAAUCCAAACAAGAUAAGGUACAAUCUACUGCUGAAAAAUCAAAUGAAUCCUCCAAUUCGAAGCAAACCACUCAUGAAGAGUAUAAUAGUAAUCCGAAUGAAAGUUUGAUGAUGGACCGGACAGUUCCCUCGAGGAUGAUUGAUGAUAUUGCUGCUACUCGGAUUCAAAAUGCAUUUCGUUCAUUUAUGGCAAGAAGAACAUUGAACCAUCUAAGGGGAGCAGUGAAAUUCGAAGCUCUAAUUCAAGAUCACUUGGCCAGAGAGCAAACAGCAACUGCACUUAGCUAUAUACAUUCAUGGAGCAGAAUACAAGAUCAAAUUAGAACUCGCAGAAUCUGUAUGAUAACAGAAGCCAGGAUUAAGCAAAAGAAAUUGGAAAACCAGUUAAAACUUGAGGCAAAGAUUAAUGAACUCGAGGUUGAAUGGUGCAGUGGUUCUGAAACAAUGGAAGAGAUACUUUCCAGGAUACAUCAACGAGAAGAAGCAGCAAUUAAACGAGAGCGAGCAAUGGCAUAUGCGUUCUCUCAUCAGUGGAGGCCAAACUGUAGCCAGUAUUUUGGUCAGGCAUCUUAUAGCCUUGGUAAAGAAAGUUGGGGUUGGAGCUGGACGGAGCGUUGGGUUGCAGCACGUCCUUGGGAAGUGCGGGCUCUAGUUCAGUCCCCCAAAACAAAGAAACUCAAUGGCCAGCAGCAGAAAACCAAAGCAGAUAAGAUGAACCAUAGUGAAAGCAAAAUGCCCUUGGCUAAACCUGCUGUGUCUAAUGGGAAGGAGACUGGGAAAGGAAAGGAAAACAGCACUUCAGGGCUGUCAAAGAACGAUGUAUCCAUAUAG